CGCGCCGGCGGACGCCUGGGACUCCGGGCGGCGCCGCGCCCUUCCCCGCUCCCCCGCCGGGUCCGAGGGAGCCUGAAUCCUUCCCGCGCCGCCCCUUGAACCGCGCCACCUUCCUCCGGUUACCGCCGGCCGCGGUCUUCGGCGGCUCGAUGCUUCAGGCGCCGCGGGAGAGGCAGCAGCCGGCUGGGGCGAGCGGCGACGAGCGAGCCGAGAGCAGCGGGCCUCCGGCCCCGGAGCCCGGCACGACUCUGCGGUCUUCGCGCCGGGGCCUCGGCGGCACUUACAAGUGAAGAAGCAGCACGACCUUUUGCCUUGGAUAAUUUCUAGUGCAGAGGCUCCGACAAUUUAGCAGCGGCCUUCUGGGCCUCCGGCACCCUUACCACAUUCUACAUCCUCAGGGGACAGAGGGCCUUUGGGAACAGACCCCUAAAAGAGUAGGUGGGCCAGCCAUGAGAGGGUACCUUGUGGCCAUCUUCCUGAGUGCUGUCUUCCUCUAUUAUGUGCUGCAUUGUAUAUUGUGGGGAACAAAUGCCUAUGGGGUGCCACCUGUGGAAAUGAAGAGGAGAAAUAAGAUCCAGCCUUGUUUAUCAAAGCCAGCUUUUGCCUCUCUCCUGAGGUUUCAUCAGUUUCACCCUUUUCUGUGUGCAGCUGAUUUUAAAAAUACUGCUUCCUUGUAUGGUAGCGAUAAGUUUGAUUUGCCCUAUGGGAUAAGAACAUCAGCCGAAUACUUUCGACUUGCUCUUUCAAAACUGCAGAGUUGUGAUCUCUUUGAUGAGUUUGACAAUGUGCCAUGUAAAAAAUGUGUGGUGGUUGGUAAUGGAGGAGUUUUGAAGAAUAAGACGUUAGGAGAAAAAAUUGACUCCUAUGAUGUAAUAAUAAGAAUGAAUAAUGGUCCUGUUUUAGGACAUGAAGAGGAAGUUGGGAGAAGGACUACCUUCCGACUUUUUUAUCCAGAAUCUGUUUUUUCAGAUCCCAAUCACAAUGAUCCUAAUACUACGGUGAUUCUCACUGCUUUUAAGCCGCUUGAUUUAAAGUGGCUGUGGGAAUUGUUGACAGGUGGCAAAAUAAAUACUAAUGGUUUUUGGAAGAAACCAGCAUUAAAUCUGAUCUAUAAACCUUAUCAAAUCAGAAUAUUAGAUCCUUUCAUUAUCAGAACAGCAGCUUAUGAACUGCUUCAUUUCCCGAAAGUGUUUCCCAAAAAUCAGAAACCCAAACACCCAACAACAGGAAUUAUUGCCAUUACAUUGGCAUUUCACAUAUGUCAUGAAGUUCACCUUGCUGGUUUUAAGUACAACUUUUCUGACCUCAAGAGUCCUUUGCACUACUUUGGGAAUGCCACCAUGUCUUUGAUGAAUAAGAAUGCGUAUCACAAUGUGACUGCAGAGCAGCUCUUUUUGAAGGACAUUAUAGAAAAAAACUUUGUAAUCGACUUGACUCAAGAUUGACCCUACAGACUCAGAAGAUGAUGCUAACAGUAUUAGUUUUAUUUUUACACUGCAAUUUUUUAGUUUAUUUUUAAAUAUGUUGGAUGUACUUGUCAAGAAAUUAUGUAUAUUAAGUCUGUUGCUGCCUGGUGCUUCAUAACCACCAGCUUAAUUUCUGUGAAUAUAUUUAAUUUAUGGAAACCAAGACAUGCUAAGAUAUCAGGGAGAGUGAAUUUUUCAUUGCAUUGUUUUAAAAAUAAGCUAGUUUUCUGAUGUGUUUUUAAAGUAUCUUUUUAUAGUUACUUCAUCUUAGACUUUUGAAGGGAUGUGACUUGCUAAUAAGUAAGGGGAUUUAGUUUACCACAGCAGAUUUUGAAUGUAACGUGACAUUUUGAGAGGCUUAUCUGGCUCCUGUAAAUUGGUGGGGAGCUGGCAUGUGGCGGUGCCUUGAAUGCGGCAUACUGGAACCACUUCAGGCCUCUGUAUCUCUCUCUCUGGAUGAUUGUUUGGUUCCUUUUUGUUCUACCUGAGCAACCUGACUGGAAUCUUAAACCAGACCCUAAGCGUGGAUGAUUGAUUAGGGAAAUCUAAGAUCAUACUGGCUUAAUUAAGCAUUUUUUUCCUACAGUUGUUAAACCAUGAUUAUGAUGAGUAGUUUGGUAGAAUGAAGAUGUUUUUUAAGUCGACAGAAAUAGGAUAAAUAUGAAACUCUGGAUAAGUAAAUAACCAAAGAAAGAAUGCAAUUCCUAAAGUCUGGUGACUGCAUUAUUUUAAAGAAAUAAAGUUUAUACAAAGAAGCUGAACUAGGCAAGCUCAAGAAGGAGAACAUUCUUUAAACGUUUUUUGCCUGGCUUAAUUUAUUCAUUAAAAUUUCGAAGUUUAUUGGAAGUAAAUUAGGAAAGACAAGACAUGAAUGAGUAAACCUUUAAGAAGAGUCUAGCUUUUUCUGGAUUUAAAUGGCAUUUUCAUGAAAAACCAAUUGUCCACAUGAUUCAAUCGCAUCUUCAAAUGGAAAGAAGCUUACCUGGGGUGCACCAGAGAAGAGUGUUGUGGGAUGCAAACAAACAAGCCAGUUGGACAAAAGUGGUGAGCUAGUCGUCUCCCUUUUCAUUUUAAUGUCUGUCUGACUGUAACCAAAGGCUAUGGGGAGGGAGGGGGACAAAGGGUGAAGAGAACAGUGGAGGUUAUAAGGCUGGAAUCAAAAGCUGUCAGAAGAGGUAGGAGUGGAAGGAACUGGCAUCUUUUGAACAAUAAUUAUCACUGGGAGACAGUGGUAAUUAUCACUGACAGACAACUAGCCUGCAUCUCUAAAGAGAGUGUAUAAAUAAAUAUUAGAUCAGAAACAGAAAUAAGUGACUGACUGACUGACAUACUUGCAAGUGGUGUAAAAGGGGACAAAACUAUUAGCUGAUUUAACCCAGACCUAGACAAUAAAUAUGGACUCUGUUCUGUUAA